GUGUGGCAGGCAAUGAUAGUCAAUCACAGACUCGCAACCAAUCCGCACUUCGGAUUUCCUGGUCCGCAGAAGCCGGACGGUACGGUAGAAAACAGGGUUGGCUAAGACGACAGAGCGUGGUGUAGGAUAGUAAUAUUUUAUUUGUAAUAAAUAGAUACAAAAAUAAACUAGAAAAGUGAUUAAUUUAUUAUCGAAAAGGUGCUGCCUAGAAUUGACAAGUAGUAAUUCGUCGCUUGCAGUAUCUGUGAUGUCUGCGACGGCCGGCGGUGUCUCACCAGCCCCUCAGGGCUCGGCUCUCAGUGGUCCCGGUUCGGGAAUGUCAAUGUUCCGAUGGUUGGAGGUCCUGGAGAAGGAGUUUGACAAGGCUUUUGUGGAUGUGGAUCUGCUCCUCGGAGAGAUCGACCCCGAUCAGGCUGACAUCACCUAUGAGGGCCGUCAGAAAAUGACCACUCUGAGUUCCUGCUUCGCUCAGCUGUGCCACAAGGCUCAGACCAUCUUCCAGUUAAACCACAAACUGGAGGCGCAGCUGGUGGAUCUGAAAUCAGAACUGACUGACGUGCAAGCCGAGAAGGCAGUGAUUGAAAAGGAAGUCCAUGACCAACUGCUGCAGCUGCACGCUAUCCAGCUCCAACUACAUUCCAAGACAGGACAGAAUGUGGAUUCAGGCUCCAUCAAAGCCAAACUGUCUGUCCCUUCAGUGGAGGACAUGGAGAAGGAGCUGGAGGCAAACAAGAAGGAAAAGGUGAAGGAGGCGAAGUUGGAGGCGGAGGUGAGGCUGCAGAAGAAGGAGAAUGAAGCUCUGCGGAGACACAUCGCCGUCCUGCAGGCAGAAGUCUACGGAGCACGAUUAGCUGCUAAGUACCUGGAUAAAGAGCUGGCUGGAAGGGUGCAGCAGAUCCAGCUGCUGGGGCGAGAUAUGAAGGGCCCUGCUCAUGACAAACUGUGGAAUCAGCUGGAGGCGGAAAUCCAUCUUCACCGGCACAAGACUGUCAUCAGGGCUUGUCGGGGACGCAAUGAUCCAAAGAAGCCCUUGCCUUCUCCCACUGGACAUGACACAGAAACAUUAAAGAAGACUCAAGGUGUGGGACCCAUACGAAAGGUUUUGCUGUCUAAAGAAGAUCAUGAAGGACUUGGCAUUUCAAUCACUGGAGGUAAGGAACAUGGAGUGCCCAUCUUGAUAUCCGAGAUCCACCCUACGCAGCCUGCAGAGCGGUGUGGAGGCCUGCAUGUGGGCGACGCCAUCCUGGCAGUUAAUGGCAUCAACCUGAGAGACGCCAAGCACAAAGAAGCUGUUACUAUUUUGUCCCAGCAGAGAGGCGAGAUUGAGUUCGAGGUUGUCUACGUGGCUCCGGAGGUGGACUCGGACGAUGAGAACGUGGAAUAUGAGGACGACAGCGGGCAUCGCUACCGGUUGUACCUUGACGAGCUGGAGGAGACCUCCGCAGCAAAACGCAGCAGCAGCUCUGGGGAUACUGGGUCAUUGCAAGCCCUGGAGAAGAAAUCUGUGAGUGAAGGUGUGGAGAAUGGAGACCUAGGGAUAUCAAAUGAAACCGCGUCAGAGGAAACUGGACCCAAGACUGCCGAGUCUGCUGACAGUUCUUCAUAGGCUGCCGGUGAAAGAAGACAGGGGAUGAAAGACUUUGUAUAUGUGUUAAAUAAUGAGAGUUUUGUAUUUUAAGAGAAUGGACUGCGUUGGAGACAAUGGGAAGAUGCAUGAGAAUAAAAGAAGGAGAAUGGCGUUGCACUGGUUACUGUUGCAAUACAUUCUAAACAAUACUAAAAGCAUGUUACCAUUCCUGUUUGAGCAGUAAUAAGCCACAGAGAAAAGAGAAGUUGCCAUAUUACUGGAGUGUUCAGAUGCAGGUCCCGCAAAUGAUGCAGGAGAUUAAUUGAUGGGUUAAAGGGGAGGGGUAUGGGGUUGGCCUAGAGUGAUAUUACUUUUUAUUGUCUGGAGCAUCUGUAAGCUGUUACUGAGCUAGUGGGGACUGCGUCAUGGGCUAAACUACUAUUUAACUCUUUAUUCCUGGCUUGUAAAGGAGAUUUACUGAGCUCUUCUGAAGGUUAAAUUAAAUUUCUAUUCCUUCACUGCAAGUUACUGCAAAGUAUUGGUUAACAGACCUCUGCAAUGCAGCUACAUUUUAACAUGGUGUUGGGUCAGUGAAUGUCUUAUUUAUUCAUAUGCCCAUUUGUUUAAUGACCAAAUACUUGGUGAAUCAGGUUUGCUUGUCUUUACUCCACUUUUCUAAUGUUGAACUUUACAUCUGAUAAAGGUGUGAAACAGUUCCGUGCCAUUUCAUAGUGUAAUAAAACAGAAUAGCUAUCUGUCCCUGCUCAUCAGGCAUUUUCAGGGUUUCAAUGUAAAUUAACUGUUAUAGGGAUUAUUUGUAGAUGUACUUGAAAAAUAAGUAUUUUUUCUCUUUAUACACCUUGAUCCAUCAAUUUAAAACCCAGGCUUUAUAUAUUAAAAUAAAUACUAUAAAUAUAAAUAAUAUAUGAAAUAAAACUCCCUAGCACAAAAAUGCAUGUCCCACUAUUGAUCCUGUUACAAAUGAAUGAGGCAGUAAUCAGUCUCCUAUUGAGGUGCCUUAGACUUGGUGUAGCUGGACAGGAGAACAGAAAAAUAGAGAACAGUGGUCAUGUACCGACUAUCCAUGGAAUAAAAGAAGUGGAAAAAGGCACACAACAGUCUGACAAAAGUAUUGCACAGUGGACUUUACAUACACUACACCUACUAAAUUGACUGCUUUGAAUAUUUUCUAACAGUAGUUUUACAUUUUGCAUGCCUUCAAGGUUGCUAAAGAUGGCAGGUAUUUUUUUUUUAAUUCUGAAGUAUUUGUAAUACGUAGUGUUGCUACUCAUGUCUUUAAUUUAGUUAUUUGUGUCAUAACAUUUUUAUUCUAUUCAUACAAGAAUUUUGAACAUAUAUUGUAAAUAAAAGGAAGGUGUGUGAACCAUCAGUUUUUUUUCUCCUGUCUCCCAGCAGUCUUACCUGGAUAUGUAUUACAUGUCUGUUGCAGUAUACUUUGAUGUGGAAUUCUUUUGGAAACCUUCACCUGUCCUCUGAGCUAAAAGAGGUGACAUGGAAAUGUGCAGUAUUGUGUUGAAUACCUUGUACAGUACUUGGAUGGAAAUAAUGUAAGAGUAAGGAAGCACAUUGUAAUUAUUUGCAUUGCUGUAUCAUAAUAAUGUGAAAAAGUGCAAUGUAUUUAUGACUGUCAAUUUUGCAUCAUUAUUAUACCUUUGAAAGGCUUUUUUAAAGCAUUCUAUUUUUUUUACCAUUACUGCUAUAUUUUUGUGUGGAUGUAAUGAAAUGUCCUAACUGUGCUUCCGCCACCUUUCAUUUUGAAUACAGGUAUGUUAUUCCUUUGCCAUUGGUGUUUUCAGUCUUCUUUAAAAGAUAAAUUGAGGCCUUUUUCUUCCAGUGUAUUCUGUUUCUCCUGCAGCCUACUGCCUACUGGGGAAGUUUUUGUUUUUUAUUUCUGGCCUCUAACCAAAGAUGACCAAUAUCCAGGGCUUGCACUGGUCACACUGGAUUUCAGUUGCAGGGUCACAAGGUGAAAGUCUGUACCAAGGAGACAGGCAGGAAGGAAGACAAGCAUUUCACUUUGAAAGCUUUAACAUAUAAUGAGCGUUAAAAGCCAAAAUGCAGCACACGACCUGUAACUCUUCUAAGUUACAAUCAAACACAGGCAUUUUACUUAGCAGCAAUAAACAGAUGAUUUAUUGUCUUUACACCAACACUGAGGAAGUAAUGUGAUGUAACAUUAUACGGUAGAUAUACACAAAACACUUUCUGCCUGUUUGCUUCAAAUCUGGUGUGUAUAACUUUUUUUAAUUUGCUACUGAUUACUGUAUUUCUGUGGGUUUAGAACGUUUUUUGUUGUUGAUCUCUGCAGUAUUGCAGUCUCUUUCCCUUCUACAUACCGGGUUCUUUUAGUUUUGUUGAAUAAAAGUGAAAAAUAGUACAGUGUGUUCAUUUAAAUGAGGGAGGCUUUUGCAGUUGUCCCUUAGUCUUAUGUCUCUUCUAUAUCUGACUUUUUGUAAUGGCUUUCCAUGUAUUUUUUCCUGUGGUGAAAACCUUUUGCUUUGCAUUUAAUGCUAUAAAAUCAACCCACCUUGAUCAUUCAAGGCUUGCCAUAUUUCCCUUUGUGCUUGUGAUGCAAGUUAACUGCCAUUGCAGUUAAUGAUUGCAUUUGUGUAUUCAUAUUUAUCCAGUGUUACUUUAUGGAACAAAAUCUGAUUUAAGCAUGCUUAUUUUUGCAGAAUGUUUUUUUUUAAUCCAUGGCUGGAUUUUUUUUUCCAUAUAAUAAAAUAGCAUUUUGUUCCAGACCCCAAGAAGACCAGUUUUAAUGUAUCAUAUGUCUUAAUUACACUUCAGUGGUACAUGUGUAACAUGUCUAAUAUUUGAAUAAAUGGAAAUUUAUCUUGCUCAGAUGGA